AUGGCACAGGAUACCCAAUCAGCCAUUCAAGCACUUAGUGCUGAAUGUGAAAUACAGAAAGCAGAAAGUCCUACUGUGUUAGCAGAGUCCCUACAAGGUACAUUAGGACGUCUGCCGUGUAAUGUGACGCCUCCCAUUGCUGAAGAUCGAGUUGCUCUGGUGAUUUGGUACAAAUUUGGGUUGAAGACGCCAAUUUAUAGUGUCGAUACGCGUGACUCAAACUUUUCCCAGGGUACACAUUGGUCAGACGCAUCAUAUCGCGACCGUUUGUCAUUUGCCGUUGAAGGACGUUCGGGCACACUUGCAAUUAGGAAUACACAUCAGGACGACACUGGCGAGUAUCGAUGUCGUGUUGACUUUCAGAAGAGUCCCACGCGAAAUUCUAAAGUCAACUUAACCGUCAUAAUACCACCUGAAUCUAUUAUAAUACUUGACAGUAAAGGAGCUACUAUAAAGGACUAUAAACUUGGGCCCUACAAUGAAGAUUCUACAAUAAAUAUCACUUGUGUGGCUGUUGGAGGACGUCCACAACCUCAAGUUACCUGGUGGCAUGAGAACACUUUGCUCGACAGCAAAUCACACGCAUUGUCAGAACGUCGUGUGGGGAAUAUUUUGUCGCUCGGUAAGCUACAACGGAAGAAUCUGCACAUGCAACUAACGUGCCAAGCGGACAACAACAAUCUGACAACGCCAAUUUCUAGCACAGUCACACUCGACAUGAACUAUAUGAAAGGUUUAUAA